UCCAAUAUGGCGGCGCCCAUGAAGUAAAAUUACAGCAUUUCAUUUUUAGACAUGUGAAAACAACUGACGUCAUAGCUUGCACAUCUUCACGACAUUUACUGCAACAUUAAAAUGCCUAGAGAUUAUAUACUACAUGUUAUUGUAGAUGCCAAGUCAGAUAUCUUCAUUAUGACAUAAAUGACGUCCUUCAGGUUAUUGUAUCAGUGUUUGAAGAGAAAAAACCCUCACAGAUUGUUGAACAUAACAUCCUUAAUCACCAUCGUCAUCACACUUAUCUAGGGUCAGCAAUCGUCAGUCUGACAGACACUGCAAGCCAAGUAGCCUGUAGACUAUACCAACCAGGCACAGUGUCCCGUUUACCAUACCCACAAAGCCAAGUGACCUAGUUACCAUACGAACAAAGCCGAGUGCCCUAGUUACCAUACGAACAAAGCCGAGUGCCCUAGUUACCAUACAAACAAAGCCAAGUGCCCUAGUUACCAUACGAACAAAGCCAAGUGCCACUGUUACUAUUCCAACCAGGCCAAGUGCCCCUGUUACCAUACCAAAUAGGUCAAGUGCCCCCAUUACCAUACCAACUAGGCCAAAAACCAGGCCAAGUGUCCCCAUUACCAUACCAGCCAAGCCAAGUGCCCCCUUUACCAUAGCAACAAAGCCAAGUGCCAAAGCUGCCAUACCAGCCAUGCCAAGUGUACCCCUUACCAUACCAACCAAGUCAAGUGUCCCAGAUACCAUAACAACCAAGUCAAGUGCCCCAUUACCAUAACAACCAUUUCAAGUGCCCCUGUUACCAUAACAACCAGCACAAAAAGCCUCAUCUGACUUCAAUGGACAUUGAUAGGUCUGAGCAUAACAAGCACUAUAUAGAUUUAUAAGGACCAUCCUGUUGCUAAGUACUCCCUAUCAACAGUUGUCAUCCCAAAGCCAAGUUCUCCUGAUCACCAUAGCAACAGUCAACAUGGGCAGCAAGGAGCCUCAGUCGUCACCGCAAAUUGGAGGAAAGUCGUCUGCUCAGCACUGGUUCGUCUCAGAUAUACAGCUCAUGAUGCAUGGAAUGGGAGACUGCGACCAACCCCUGCUGGAGUCUGCAGCUCUUGUUGAGGAAAUCACACAGCAUCAGAUGAUCUCAGUGCUGUACCAGGCUGCAGAUGUGUCUGCCAUGCGUGGAUCCAAGCUUCUUGGGGUUGAGGACUUCCUGUUUCUUAUGAGGAAAGAUAAGGUAAAGUUGCGUCGCCUGCUGCGCUACAUGAACUUACGGGACCUGAAGGCAACUUUUAAUCGUGCCACCAGUGUUGAGGAGGAGAAUGGGACGGAGACAGCAUCAGACUUGAAGCCAGUGUGUGGCAAGCGUGUCAAGAUCUGCCAUGACUUCCUAUCUUCCAUUGAUCAGACAGGUGAACUGGUUGCUCUGUUUGAUGAUGAGGAGGAGGAUGAUGUAAAAUAUGAGCGGCUACUGCGUGCGGACAUGUCCUCUCGAUGUAUGGAUCCUGCGCAGUAUAUGGAGUUUGCAGAGGCCCGCAGUGUCAACUUCAGUCGAAAACACAAGACCCAGAAGUUCAGAGAAUGGUUGUUUACUGGCCUUGAUGUUGACAUUAAACCUACCCAGACAGCUGUGGAGGUUGUGUCAUACCUGGCGUACGAAACAGUGGCACAGAUUGUGGACCUGGCUUUACUGGUGAAGCAGGACAGCCAGACUGGUUACCGUGAUCCAGUGUCUCAGACCCUACCAAGUAUCUUAUAUACCGGGAACCAGCCAGCCACACCCUCACCACUGAUACCCAAACCAGAUCUCACUUCUCCCACUGGGAGCCCUCCCGGUACCCCAGGUUCCGCCCCACUGAACCCGCUCACAGGUAGCGCAGGGGCGGGCUCAAAACUCAAACCAAAGAAGAAAAAGAAGUCCGGUCCCGGGGGUGUUAUGGAGGUACCGAUGUCACAAGCCAUCCAGCCAGCAGAGAUACAGGAAGCUAUGAGAAGAUAUAGUCGCUUCAUUGGUCCCUUUGCUUCGGAAAUGAAGUUUAAUUCAACCCUGUCACCCAAGUUCCUGAAUCUGUGUGUAUGAAGGCAGAUAGCGCGGUCAUUAUUAUACAAGCUAGACUAUAUCUGCUGAUGGCAUAUCAGCGAUGGCUCAAACAAUUGUGUUUGCAUAAGUGAAACAUUCAAUGAUUGCUAGAACAGUUCAAGCUUCAGCUGACUGCUCAAGUUAUUGAUUCUUGUGAUGGCAUCAUUGACAAUUGAUGCCUGGAAUAUAUUUUGUGAUGGCAUCAUUGACAAUUGAUGGCUGGAAUAUUUCUUGUGAUGGCUUCAUUGACAAGUGUUUGCUGGAAUAUUUCUUGUGAUGGCAUCAUUGACAAGCGAUGGCUGGAAUAUUUCUUGAGAUGGCAACAUUGACAAUUGAUGGCUGGAAUAUUUCUUGUGAUGGCAUCAUUGACAAUUGAUGGCUGGAAUAUAUUUUGUGAUGGCAUCAUUGACAAGCGAUGGCUGGAAUAUUUCUUGUGAUGGCAUCAUUGACAAGUGUUUGCUGGAAUAUUUCUUGUGAUGGCAUCAUUGUCAAGCGAUGGUUUGAAUAUUUCUUGUGAUGGCAUCAUUGACAGCGAUGGCUGGAAUAUUUCUUGUGAUGGCAUCAUUGACAAGCAUUUGCUGGAAUAUUUCUUAUGAUGGCAUCAUUGACAAGCGAUGACUGGAAUAAUUCUUGUGAUGGCAUCAUUGACAAGCAUUUGCUGGAAUAUUUCUUGUGAUGGCUGGAAUAUUUCUGUGAUGGCAUCAUGUAUCAGUGAUAGCUGGAAUAUUUCCUGUGAUAGCAUCAUGUAUGAGCGAUGGCUAGAAUAUUUCUGCUGAUGGAUUUAGUGACAAGCGGUGGCUGGAAAACUUCUGCUGAUGGCAUAUGCUAGUGGCAGAUAUUCCUAAUUGGACAUUCAGUUGGACCAAAGUUUUAGAGCAAUAUAUCCGUAUGUUCAUAUGAUGAUGAUAAGUAAUAUGAAAAUUAUGAUAAGCAUAAUACUAAUCAGUGUGUUUAACUGGUGUUUAGAUUACUAUUUCUCCCACCUCAGAUAAGUAGAUCCAAUAAUGUAAUCAUGCUAGAAAUUCUUAUCGUGCCCACGGGCGAAGAUAAAAUGCCCGUAUGGAACUCCUUUUUAAUUGUCGCCACAUUGGAAUUACCUCCCUUGUUAAAGACAGUCUUCUGUAGCAUCAUAGAAACCUUGUCUAGUGGUAAUAUUUAGAAUGCUAAUUAACUAUUUCUCGCUUCAAAUGUCACCAUAAAAAAGUUUUCACGCAUUUUUCAAGAACUAAUGCUCCACUCUCCUCCGAACUAUUUAAAGACCGAUUUGACUAGUAACAACCUGAAUCACUGUGAGCAUAUCCAUGACAACCACGAAUUAUCAAAUAUCCAUACGCAUUUAUUUUCACUACGCUCAAAAGAGUUCCAGCAAAAAUUACAUUUUUACACAAUUUUGUUUAACUGAGGUGGGAGAAAAAGCAUCUACCAUAGCCGCUCGUGUAAGAUAGGUUCAUCCCAACCCUCGCGCAGGGUAUUUUGCGGAAACUCUGUAAACCUCGUUUCUGCAAAACACCCUGCGCUCGGGUCGGGAUGAACCUAUCUUACACUCUCAGCCAUGGAAAAUACUUAUAUUCUAUGUGUAACAUGGGGAUGAAGAAAUUGAAACUGUUCUUGCUUUUGUUUCAAUGUGCACUAAAAAUAAAACAUGUUAUUUUAAAUAUUAAAAAAAUAUUGUUUUAGUAUGUUUCAAAUACCUGAAUUGAUAUCUUGUUAAAUAUUUCUUGCAAUAAAAUAGACAAAUGUU